GUCAGUAUUCCAUCUCGGUCCUCCUUCAGCACAGCUUUUCCGGCCCGAUCGUAGCAGAGACAUUUAAAAAAGAUUCAGUCGACCUAUGCGCGUACGAGGACGACGCUAUGGGCAGAUUUUGGCCUCUCUUCCUUGUGCUGGCAGCGUGCGGGGCCAGCGGAGCAUUUCGAGAGGCGAGGUCGGCCAAGGUCACAGCUGACCUGGUCAAAGAUCAAACCAACGAGCAUCAGCACGGCAGCAGCGCCUUACCACUGAGGGCUGACGGAAAGAAUCCAGUUCACGAGUGCCCGAGCAAUGGCGUCCAUCACGCCAUUUUAGACAAAGACAGUGAAGAAGCAUGCCAGCUGCACGGAGGACUUACCCCAAGAUGUUCGGAUUUGUCUGGUCUCAUCGUCUUCCUCAACGAAACGCGGACCAGACAAAAUUUUACGAUUUUGGGCGACGGAAAAAUCGAUGUGUAUCUGAAGGAAUCCAAGCUGGGAGAGUUCGGACUGAUGUACAAAUGCUAUUCAUCCAACAAAAGCGAGUAUGCCUUUAAAAAAAAUAGGCGUUGGGAAUCCACCUUCGGAUGUGCAGAACUUAACGUGUAUAUCAGCAAACUUGGAGUAUUUGAACUGUUCGUGGAGGCAACCGUACAACCCUGCCCAAAAUAAUGAUUAUGGGGCUUACCUCUACAACAGGACAUGGCACUGCAACUACGGGCGCGACCAGUGCGUGGCGA